GAGAGACGUUCUACCAUGCCCAUCAAACAUGGCCGGUCGGUCGCAUGUAGACGAUUCUGUGAUCGAGAGGAGAUUACGGCCGAUUUAUGAAUGGCUGGACACUGGAAACAACAAGAAGGCCGUGCAGGAGGCCGAGAAGGUCCUGCGGAAACAGCCAAACCUUCACUGCGCACGGGUCUUGAAGGGUCUAGCACUCCUCCGGGUUAGUCGACGGGAGGAAUGUGAAGCAGUCAUAUCCUCAGUCAUCAAGGAAAGUCCAACAGAUGAAGCAACAUUGCAGGCUCUCACGAUAUGCUUCCGGGAGAUGCACCAGCCGGACCAGAUAUGUAAGGUGUAUGAAAUGGCUGUGAAAUCAGAACCAAGCAAUGAGGAACUGCUCUCCCAUCUCUUCAUGGCCUAUGUGAGAAUUGGAGAUUACAAGAACCAGCAGCAGACUGCCAUGAAGCUGUAUAAACUGAAGCCAAAAAAUCCUUAUUACUUUUGGGCAGUAAUGAGUCAUGUGAUGCAGGCUCACAAAUCAGCUGACCCAAAAGGGAAAAAAGUUAGUCUUCUGCUGGCAGAGAGGAUGGUCGAUAAAUUUGUUAAGGAAGGCAAGAUUGAAGCAGAAGCAGAAGUUUUAACUUAUCUCCACAUCUUGGAGACACAGGAAAAGUAUACUGAAGCAUUAGCUGUUUUGGAUGGACCUCUGGCCAAGAAAGUAAUUCAUCAACCCCAGAAUUUCCUUUCACUAAAGAGAGCAACAUACCAUGCCAAACUCUGUCAGUGGGAAGCUGCUGCUGCUGUUAACAAGACGCUUAUUAAAGAGGAACCUGACAACUGGCAACACUAUGUGGAAUACAUCCGGACGACGAUGGAGCUGAAGCAGUCAGUGGCAGCCAUAGAGAAUGGUACAGAAGAUCCUCUCGUCGAAGCAGCCUCAUUCCUAGAAGACAUGAAGCAGAAGACGCUAGUGGAGAAAACCAAGAACAGAGGACCUCUCUUAGGCCUCAUGCAGCUAGCUCUAGUACUGGAUCAGAAAGGCCUUAGUCAACAAACAAAAGAAUUAUGUGGUGAUUUUAUGGAGAUCCUCUAUCAGUACAUCCAGGCAUACGGAGACAAAAUGUGCUGCUAUGGGGACAUUGUUAAUUUCUUGCCUCUAGUGCCGAAAGAUCAGAUAUCUCACUUCUUGGAGCGAAUCCAAAAACUUGUGAAUUUUAAUGAAGAUGGUGUACCUGCCAAUAUUGAAGCCAUUCACCGCAAUCUUUGUUGGCUACAACUUCGAAGGGCUUUAGGAGAACAAGCAAAUUUAACGCCAUAUCAGCAUGUUGAGUUUUCAGAAUCUCUUGUAAAGCUUUACCAGGAGACAUUGCAUCUCUCUUCGAAUAUGGUAGAUACAGAUAUCAGACCCGGAGAUGCGUACUUGAUCCUAGCUGCCCACAGCUUCAUCAAGGCGAUGCAAGAGUGUGAGGGGAACUCUGAUGAUAUUGAUGUGAAGUACCUGGUGUUCAAAGUAGCCACCAUCCUGGAGCAUGGGAUUGAGAAGUCCAAGGCAAAUUUCCAACUCAAGCUCUUAUUGAUUAAGAUAUAUAACAUGCUGGGUGCCACAGGUGCCUCACAAACAGUGUAUGACAAAUGCGACCUGAAACACAUCCAGCUGGACACCUUGGGGCAUGUGCUGGCCCUGCAGGCCUUAGACUCAGGAAAUUACACAGUUGCUGCUGAUAUCAUGUCAUCCACGCUCAAGUUCUUCAUGGCAAACUACAAAGAUACAUCAGACCCUCUCAUAUCCUCCUACAAGUACGGCUCAUUGACAAGAAUUCCCGAAUUUGUUGACUUCCGAGAGAGACUCAACAAUUCCCUCCAUUUUGCUUCAGUGGCAGCUGAACAAAUGCUACUGGACAUUACAGUUGAUAUAACAUCACACAGCCAGCUGGUGGACACAGUGCGGCAGAUGGACAUAGACCCCAUCAUGGACAAGAUUAACUGGAAGGAACUGUGUGAUAACAGAGACCUACGUGUUAUGAAUUCUUGGGAACCAAGAGACAAAUGUCUACAAGAGAAUGACAUCAAAAUCAGCACUGCUGCUGACAUCACUAUGCUCAGACUGCGGAAUGUGAUCUUGAGACUAGUUGGUGUUGCAACCAAACUGGGACACUCAAAGGCAGCUAGUGAACAAGCCUCAGCUAAUAAGGAGAAUAGCUGUGUGAAUGGUGAGGCAACUGCAUCAACAGAUACAAUGCACCUUGCAGACCUCACUACGCAGUUGGAGGAGGAAUACAAAGAAUCUAGCACAUACAGGAAUUGCAAACCUCCACAACUCCCCCUCCAAGGUCCUGAUCCGUCCAGAGUUUACUUGUUUCUGUCAGGAGGUUACGUCCCCAUCCUAGUCAAACAUGCACAAAUUCUUCAGCACAUACACAAUACUGUUCAGGGAUCAGCAGGAGAUUCAGAGAACUCAAGCGGAGUAAUGAUAAAGGAGUGCCGAGAGCAGGUGGAGGAGCUGGUGACAUCACACCUGCACCACAUGGAGGCACUUCAGACCUCCUGCCUGGAGAUAGUGCCUGGGGUUAACCCUCCUGCCCUGGCCCAACUACACCACCUAGCGCAGACACUUGGCAUUGUGGCCAUCCUCCUCGGGUGUUGCUUCGUUUUUCUUAAGCCCAUUAAAGCAGGUGUAGCUAAGAAGAACAAAAAGAGAAAAGAACCUGUGACACUGCCUGAUGUGGUCCCCCAGUUCACAAGCUAUGUAGGGGCCCUUACAUCACUCCUCCAGAAAUUUGAGAAGACACUGGCAGAGAAGUACAAGUUGGUGAAGAAAACCACAGAAGAAAACAUCAAAAAGAACUACGCCUCAGUGAACGUGUCUUCAUCUCUUACGAGUCCAGAAGAAGGAAGAACUGUGUGUGAAAAAGUAGAGCAGAGCUAUGUUAAAAGUUUAGAGCGCCUCUCGUUUUCUAUAGGUAAUAAAUUAAAAUAUGUUUUGUCUUUGAAGCUGUAGCAUUCAUUGAUCUAAUCAGGAAUAAUGAAUAAGAAACUGCACUUGUUACUCUCAAUUUACCAGUCGCCAAACUUUUUCAAGUGUCCUCCAGAGUGAUGCGAAACUUUCAGCUGUGUCUUAAGACUGUGUUAGCCAUCUAACUAAAGGUUGCUGUAAACAUGAAGAAAACUUUUUGCUCAUUCUGAACCUGUUGAGACUGCAGAUGCAUGACUUCAAUAGAGCAGCCAAACAACAAAUGUGUUAUCCAUUGUUACAUUAUUUUUUUGCUCUCCUGAAGCAUAGAUUGUGCAGGCUGCUGUUAUGCUAAAUUAAUAACUCAGUUAUAUAAUUGAUUUGUAUGCAGUGAUAUUUAUAACUAGUUGGCCAGUGCAAGAAAACAAAUAUACUUCUAUUGACGGCAUACUCAGAGGUGAAAUUCAACCCUGUAGCAUUGUUUAACAGCCUAAUUGUCUGAUUGUUGAGUUUUUAUGAUUAAUUUGUUAGCUAGUAGGUUUUUGUCUUACUAUUGUGAAUUACUGUCCCAUCUGUUAGUCCUCUGUUGAAAAUGUUAUUUAAUAAGUAUAUUUAAUGUUUUAUGUCUGAAUAUUGACUCGCAGAUUGUAAUGGCCAAUUCGUGUAUGUAACAGACAACUAGCAUAGUAUUUUUCUACAAGCAGCCAGGGUAUUUAUUAUGAGGAAGCCAUUUCCACUGUUCAUCAAUACAUACCAAGUCAGGAAUAGGAAAUGGCUGGCCAUUUUUUGUAUGAACUGAUUGUCAUAUUUUUUAAUUUGUUGAAUACCAUAUUAUACCUUGAAAUAUGCAUCCCUAUUAAUGCCUUGAUAUUUAUCUCAAAAAAGGAAAUUAAACAUAGCAAGAUGGGA